UAGAAGAGUCACUAUCAGUACAGUGUACGCUUCGAGCUUGAUUGCGCGUCUCGACCGAGAGUUCGUUCGACGAGUUUUUUUUUUCACUCUUUCAUUCUCGCGAACUCCGAUCGUAAAUUUAUUUCUGUGCUCGAAUGUUAUAAUUUUGGCCAAUUUUUUAUUCGUUAUCUAGAAUUUUUAUUUCGCGAUUUUUUCCACGCUAUUUUAAUAUUAGUUUUUUCCAUCAGUAUCGAAUCGCGGUGGCAGAAUAAUCGUUAUAAUAGUUUUUUUUUUCUCGAUCGGAUAUACACACUUGUAAUCGUAAUGUGCGCGACGUUGAAUGUUGAAUCGAUGUUUAUGUCGGAUUAAUUAAUUACGAGUAUGUCGGAUAUUAAACGCAACUUGUUGUUGUAAUGUGUAACAAGUUUGAAUAUGGUGCCGGCAAUACCGUGUACCCACAUAUACUAAAACCGCUCUUCCAGAUAGGUGAAGGUAAUAAGGAGUCCGACGACGAGUAUUCUUUUAGCCGUCAACGUCAAACCCAGAUCUCAUCCAACACAAUGACCGGUGUUCUUAAACUUUACGAUAAUUUCCAAAGUAUAUUCGACAAAUAUGGAGAUGUUAGAACGAAAGGUUGGUUCCUAAUGAGCAGUCCGUUGCCGACGCUUAUCAUAUGUUUAACGUACGUGUAUAUAGUGAAAGUAAUAGGGCCUCGACUGAUGGCCAAUCGUAAACCAUUCGAAUUACGACGUACGCUUAUCGUUUACAACCUAUUUCAAGUCAUCUUCAGCUCGUGGCUGUUCUACGAGCUUGGCAUGUCUGGCUGGUUAACUGGUCGUUAUAGUUUACGUUGCGAACCGGUCGAUCCCUCCCAAAAUCCUACAGCGCUUAGAAUGGUUAACGUAUGUUGGUGGUAUUACUUCUCAAAAUUCACAGAAUUUUUCGACACGUUCUUCUUCGUAUUAAGGAAAAAAACAAGGCAUAUAUCGACAUUACACGUUAUCCAUCACGGUGUUAUGCCCAUGAGCGUAUGGUUUGGCGUUAGAUUUACCCCUGGUGGUCACAGUACAUUCUUCGGUUUAUUAAACACAUUCGUCCAUAUCAUCAUGUACUCGUAUUAUUUACUAGCAGCUUUAGGACCAGAAAUUCAAAAAUACUUAUGGUGGAAGAAAUAUUUAACUUCGCUUCAAAUGAUUCAAUUCGUUGCCAUCAUGGUGCACGCUUUCCAGUUACUAUUCAUCGAAUGCAACUAUCCUCGAGCUUUCGUCUGGUGGAUCGGUAUGCACGCCGUUAUGUUCUUCUUCUUAUUUAAAGAAUUCUACAAUGAACAAUACAGCAGACCGAGAAAGGCAAAAGCUGAAGCAGCCAACUCUGCAGCCAAAGACUCGUGCAACGGAGUGUCGCAGAGUAACGGAGAAAUUAAGAAGAACAGUUAUAGUAAACAAAGCGAUUAUUACGUAAAUGGAGACGGUAUUUCAAGGCCAGAUCUCGUACAAAGAACUGUGUCCGCUAGCGCAAAUAAUUAGUUUGUAGAGAAAAAAUUUUUUUUAGCAGUCUGUUUCUCUUCUUUAUAUAUUUGUAUAGUUGUGUGUGUGUGUGUACGUGCAAUUUUUUUUAAAACCGUGUUGUUUUUCUCCUUUCUCUUUCUGUCCCCUCCCCUUUUAUUUUCGUUUUGUUUUUUCUGUGAAAAUAAUGAACGAAUUUGUACGUAUAUUGCCAACUGUGUUGCUCAAAAAAAAAAAAAAAUCAACAAUUUUUUCCCACGCGGGUUGAAGAAAAAAAAUUGUCUCAAUACGUAUAAAAAAUUCUUAUUUAUGUAUGUACAUAUGUAACUAAAAGAAUUUAUUUAUAUUCGUGUAUUUAUUUUUAUUAUUGUUACGUGUAAAUUUAUACAUACCCAGUACCCUUUUAUUUUUUUAAUGUAUAGAUGAAAAAAAAAUUGAAAAAUUUUUCAAAAAAAUUUAUUUAAAUGACGAAUCCAUGUAAUGGAUACAAAACUAAUCGAAAUCCAAAUUUUUUUAAUACUGCUUUAAAAUUUUUUUGGCAACGAAUUUUUUUUAAUUUUUUUUUUUUGAAGCGGUAUUUUUUUUACCGUUAUUUUAAUGUAUCGCCUUUUUUUUUGUCUUGUUGCGUCGUCGUUGCUUUGAAAACCGAUUUAUUUUAAGGUUACGUUACAUCGAACGUGUUCGGGUGAAGUUUUAUUUACGAGUGUUUUACCGAAAGAUUAUUAUGUUCAUGUGUUUUUAGUUUUAAUUUAGAUUUUUUUUUUGAAAAUUUCACCCUCGUAUUUUUUUAUUAUUUUUUUUUCAUGUGGUUCUUUGUAACGUGUUUAUUUAUUACGAGUUUUGAUAAACGAUGAAGUAAAAAAAAAAAAGAGAUCGAAUCAUAAUAUCAUGUUUAUGAAAAAAAAAAAAAUUUGUACCAUCUAGAUGCAAGGUGCCUUAUUAAAAAGUAAGGAUAAAUUAACGUGCAAAGUGCCUUCGUUUUAUACGGGACCAAUAUUUUAUUAUAAGUUUUUUGAAAUAAAAAAACGAUCUAGUGGCGUUGGCGAAAUUGCGCGAUUAUUUAAUACCCUCUGUGACUGAUUGUGAGAGUGUGAAUGAGCUGGGAAAAAACAUCUUAAUACACAUGCACACGUAGCUAGAAACCUACCUACCCUUAUUCUGUUUUGAAUUUGUCCAUCUUCUAUAUAAUGUAGUUAAAAAAUGUGUGAUGUUGUAGCUCUGGGUAGAGAUUACUUUUUUUCGAAAUGAAAAAUUUUUCGAUUCGAGUCUUGGUGAAAAAUUUACACCUCUGGUGUAGGUGUAAUUUUUUCUCAGGCACGAUACGUUACGCCGCGCCGACUUGGGCGUGUGGUUGUUUUUUUUUUGUAUACGAUACGAUACAUACUCGUAUGUCGUAAAUCGUGGUGUACUUUUGAUAUUGUAAAAUCUUACUAUAUACUCGUAUUAUUCUCGUAUGUACCUCUGUAUUGGCGAGAUGAUCGCCUCAUCGGUUUGAACAUUCCUGCAAUUGAGAGAAUAUUUUUUACGAAUACUAUACUGAUCGAUAGCCGUUGUAUUUUUAUUUAUUUAGUUGAAACGAUUAUACUACUACCAACGAAGUCAAUUGUAGUCAAGAUGAAUUUUUAAGUGCUAUAUAAAUAAGUGUACCAGUUUAGACUAUUCUUGUUAGGCGUAUAAUUUUUGUUAAUUAAUAAAUUUAUUACGCGAAAAAAUUGUGUGUUUUUUUUUAAUGCUGUGGGUGUUGUGUUCAAAUUUGAAUUUGCUGAUUGAGUUUUAGAUUUAUAUCAACUGAAUAAAAUUAAAAAAUGAAACUUGAGGAGAAAAAAUGAAAAUUGAAUUGAAAACAGAGCUAAAUUGAAAAAUAAAAUGAACUGAACUAAUAGAAAUUGAAUUGAAUUAACGAAUAAAAGUUCAAGUAGGUAAUUAAAACGUGAAAUUGAAUUAAAUAAUUUGAAGCUGAACUAAAUUUAAAAACAAAAAUUCCAUUGACUCUGAAAUCAAAAUAUAAUGAAUAAAAGUUUAAUUCAAAGUUUCUCACAAGUGACUUAAAACUAAAAUAUUUUUUGGAUUUUUAAAUUUUUUAAAAAUAAAAUUAAAAUUAAAACCAACCAAAAUUACCUAAUAAUUUUAAUUUUAUUGCAAUUACAAACACUACUUACCUACUUAUCAAAAAAAAAAUCAAUUUAUAAUAAAUGUUAAUUGAGAGAAGUCCAAUAUCUCGUAAAUGACGUAAAACUGAAUUUUUUGGAAUUUUUCAAUUUUUAAAGAUGAAAACAAACUAAAAAUAUUUUUGAAAAAAAAAUUAGAAUUUUUUUCAAAUACCUUUAGAACUUGGAGCUAAACUUUUUUUCAACUUGAAUUUUAUUCUAUUCUAAUGAAACUAAAAUUACCUACGAAAAAACAGCUAUAAAAUUAUUUUCAAUUAUUAAAAAAAUUGUAGUUUUUUUUGAAAAUAUUUUUUAAUUUCAAUUUUAAUUUUAUCAAAAAAAAAAAAAAAAAAAAAUGAAAAAUCCAAAAAAAUAUUUUUAGUUUUAAGCCACUUGCGAGAUAUUUGACUUCUGGCAAGUUAUUAUUUGAUGAAAAUUGAUUUAUGAAACUGAAAUAAAAGAACUGAAAGAAGAUGACGAUAUUACUAAAAUUAUCAGGAAGAAUGCGAGUAAAAUCUCCUCUGAAAAGAAAUAUUUAAAUUUUGGACGAUUUUUUUUUCCAAACUUUGAUAAAAUCACCGAGAAAUUAGUGAAAAUUCGCAACAGAAUUAGCCAAAAAAAAAAAAUGGAAGGAUUAGAAAAAAAUCAUUAGGGAUUGGUUUAAAAUCGCUAGCAAAAAUUGGUGAAAAACACUGAGAAAAAAAAUCAGUGAAAAAAUUACCGAAAGUGAAUAGGAAGUAAGAGGGAAUCAAACAGACAAUAUUAUAGAAUGGCCGCUGGAAACUGCGGAGGGAGGGGAGAUAAAAUCAAAAAAUGCAUACAAAAUUAGUAUUUUGAAAAAAAUGAAAGAAUUGUGGAAAAUCAGCAUAAAUAAUAUGCAUCACUGGGCAAUUGAUUUGAAAAUUAUUAUCAAACAAAAUAGGUACUAGGAAACUGGUUUUUUAAAAAUGAAAACUUGAAAAUCGAAAGGAGAUAAAAUCAGAAUAUUGUUCUACACAUACAUACAUUUGAAUAUGUCGCUCGUUUUGUUUCACGUUUGUUAUAAAAUUUAAAAUCCUAUUUUACUGAUUUAAAAACGUAAAUAAUAAUUCGAAAUGUUGAAGGGGAGGGGGCGAAGAUUCAAAAGAAAUAGUCUACGAUAAAAUUGAAAAAUGAAUAAAUGUUCCGUCAAUUGUCUUCUGAUUGAAGGCAACAGCUGCUAGUGAUGCGGUAUGAUUCUUUAUUCGACAGUCCAAAGGUCAACUUUUUAUAGUACCUUACCUAUAAUGAUCUUUUGAUUAUGAUUUUAAAAUUCUCACUUGUUGAUUUAACAAUACGUACAUAUUUUUUUAUAUUCUAAAUCAUUCGAUGCUAGACCAUAGAGUAGAUUAGAGCUUAAAGUUCGAUACUAUAAUCUUAUUAUUUUAUUCACCAGCUUUAACGUUAACCGACGUACACAAAAAAAAAAUGCAAACAGUGAAAUCUUGUUGUUUCAAAUUCUCUUUGAGAGAUGGUACUUUGGCGCUUUUGUUUUCCCACUUGAUAAAUCAAGUUGUAAUUUUCGCCUUCCUGAUAUCACGCAAGUCGGACUUCUUGGUGAAAAUUCUCGUAAUUUUCUUUUCACUCCUCGCUGUAAUAAUACCAAUCGUAGGGAUUCUUGGAGUUUUGAAGGAGAAAUCAGCAUGGCUUGUACCUUAUUUGGCCGCACAGUUGAUUGGUAUCGCGAAUUGCGUACUUCUAUUGGUGAUAUUAAUAUUUGGUGGUCCAUCAUUGUUGAACAAAAUUACAGAAGCUCUUACUACUGAGCCAGAUGGCAAAGGUGGUAUAUCUGGAGAUGCUACUGUAGGAACAGUAUUUCUAAUCGGAAUUCUAACCGUAAUCGGAGCUGGUCUCAUGUAUUACUUUUUCGUUGUUGUCCUGAGCUAUUACAAGAAACUUCAGGGAGAAUCUCAAACUACAGAUGAGGUGCAAGAUGUUUGAUUUCGGUUGUGUACUCUUCGUAUCUGCGGUACCAUGGAGUUGGAUCAAUUAUCUGAAUUAAAUAUUAAUUAUAUGUGUACCUAUAAGUCAUUGAAUAAAUCAAUAUUUUAAAAUUUUC